AUGUAUAUAUCCAACUUUAAUAGCGAAGAUCCUGGAUUUAUUACAUUACCUGCACAGUUGUUUCAAUUGCCUACUGAUGCCGUAGCAGCGGCAUUUGGCCGAUCGAUGGAGAAUAUAGAGAUGCUGAGAUCAAAUCUCCCAAAUGGUCCCGCAGGAGCCACAGAGGAGUGCCGACGGAGAG